AUGUUUUACUCGGGCUGGAAGUUUCCCACACCGCAGCGUCUGGCUGCCAGCGGGUGUCAGCAAGACGCCAACUACUUUGUCCAGGAGACCUGCAGCCCCGGCAUCUGCCUGCUUCACUCUAUCGCUACGAGUCGGUCGCCGGGUGGGUCGAGCGCCAACGCGGCGUCGCGACGGGACUCCAAUGGGCGCAUUCAUCUCAAGAGCGACGUGCCUAUUCACCCGAACAGCGGCGUGUUUUACUUCGAGGUUGAGGUGCGCUCCACCGCAGCGGGGGCUGGGGACGCCAGCAGCAGCGGUGGCGGCGGACUGGCCGAGCCGGAGCUGGUCAUUGGGGUCUGCCGCGAGUCUCUUCCACCGCAUUCGCUUCCCGGUGAGGAGGCGUGCAGCAUUGGCCUCUUCACCGCACAACGCAUGGUGUAUAUGAAUGGUAGGAGCGAGGGAGAAGCGGUACGCUUCCCCGUCGGGUCACGUCCACGCAACAGCAGUUGCAGCAGCAACGCAUCCGGGCCGCAGGAAGAGCGUCGGACGAAGGGAGUCAGGGUGGGUGAUACUGUUGGCUGCAUCGUCAACCUCCUCGAUGGCACAGUGCAAUUUACCUUCAAUGGUGAGCUCCUUGACGUUGGGGCCACACUAAGCCGUAGCAUGCCGAGCAAAGGGUACUAUCCAGCCGUGGGUAUGUUUCGCUUUGUGCCUGCAGUAUCACUGCGGGUCGUAUUUCAGCCGUCCGGAAGGUCCGCGUCUAUCCCGCGACCCGUCACCGCAGUAACAGGAACGGAAGAAGAAGAAGAACUAGGAGUCAGGAGUCCACUGCCACCCCAGCAAGAAACAAUGACGGCAGCAGCGGGUUAUUUCGUGUUUAAUUUGGACAAGUACUGCGAAGGUAUCGCAGAGGAGUUGCUGCGCAUGUACCGGCAGAAGGCGGCGGAAAGCGAAGAAGGUGGCAGCUGCACGUGUCGUGAUGCAAAAAUAAUUGCAGCAAUUCGCAAACACUUAGCAGCGAGGGGUAUGACUAAGGCGCUCUCCGCCUUUGAAAAGGAGCAGGAAGAGCUGCACUGCUCUAGCACCCCUCUUGACGGUGGUGCAGCGGCACAUAGCAAUGAGGAUUCGGGUGCAAAGAAACCCAAUGACCGCGGCAACAAGGCGUCAGGUUCUGGAAGUCUCGAGGAUCUCACGGCAAAGGAGACGCACACUGCCUAUAGUCUUCACAUAAAGCAACUGCUCGAGGACAUUGGACGUGGCGACAUGCUCUCCGCCACACACCGUAUUAUUGACUCCGGUGUCAUCUCCCCACAAACGCUUGAAAGGCUCGUCUCCGCCGUGGAGGACGUGACGGAGUUGAGUGGCGACUUCUGGGGUGUCAUAUUCUUCGCCCAGCGGCGCGACAUAUUGUUUUUGCUGCGCGCCGCCUACUUGGUGGAAGUUGCCCUCAACGCGAUGGAAAAGGGGCUCUCGGGGCUACUGGCACAUGUAACGCAGACGGAGGAGCAGCGGACCCCUGAAUCGCUCAACACCGCGGAGUUCAUGCAGAUCGCGUUCCGCGUCCUCCUCGAGCCCUUCGGCGAAGCGUCGGCACUUGUGAAGCGCCAGCAGCGCGCCUCGAUGAACAGUGACGGCUACAAUGGCGGUGUGCGGACCAUCGACGAGGCGGCCUUCGGGAUGCUAGACGGGACCCUUGCCGCGAGCGAGGCUAGGUGGCCAGGUGAAGACCUCGCCGCACACCUCUUCUUCACAGGGAUGAAGACGCUCUGGUCGGGGCCGGAGGGCCCGGUCACAAUGUUGGUGCGCCGGAGCGUGCCGAGCGUGCCGCCGCCCAACUCAAAGCAGCAGCAGCGCCUCGUCCAGACACUUUCCAUGCUGGUGUCGCACCAGCAUGCGGUGUGUGCGCGAGUGAUGCAGCAGCAGCAGCAGCAGCGGAAUAUUUCACACGAGUGGAUACAAGAUUGGGUGGCACUUGUUGAAGAAGCCAGGGCUAUGUACCGCGCCCGCUGCUGGUGCCUGCUGCUGCACGCCAUUGAGGACUUCAACGGCGCCCUCGAAUACCGCCUGCUUGUGUGGCUGCGCAAGCGUGAGUGGGAGUUGCACGAGGCUGAGAAGGGUGGUGGUGUGGGGAGUGCUCAAACGCCCGGGAAGGCACAGAGCAGUGGUGGCCGGCGCCUGUUCCCAUCCUUGCGGGCCGUCUGGCGCCACGUCCACGCCGCAGCCGCAAUGGAGCCGCUACUCCACGUCGUGACCAAUGUCUUCAGUGACAAGCUUCAUCGCGCUACGGCGGCUGCGCAGUUCGCCGUAGCGGCGGCCGAGUCGAAAAAUACGCCAUCGACACCGUUUGGUAGGGGGCCAAAGCGGGGGCUGUCCUUUGCGUCUGUCUUCGCCGCUGACGGCGAGGGGGAGGGCAGCGACGAGGAGGCGGAGGCGGUGGCGGCAGGGUCACAUGCCGCUACGCCCAGCAGCAACAACGGCGGCGCCGAGCCGCCGAGGCGGCUGUCAUGCUACAACGACGAUGUUCGCUUGAGUUUCCUGUAUAUGAAAAGUAUAUACAGAGCAGUUUUUGCGUAG